GUUCUGGAGGGAGCAAGGCAGGGAUGAAUGCGGUCCUCUGUCUCACUACCUUUUGUGAGAAGCAUGGUCCAAGGGUGGUGUUCUGUACUCAGUCGGUCGAGUCGGACGAGCUGAGCGCUCUCCACCUUGCUAUCCAAGAUGCUGCUCUUGCUCAGGCCUGCGCCUCGUGCGCCUCUAUCCCUCCGGAUGCCUUUCUUGUCUCGUACGACGAGGCCGCGCAGGUGUACUACGCGUCCACGGCGUCGCCGCAGCAGGCCGACUACAAAUGGCUGCAAGAGAUCGCACUUCGCUCGCUCACCCACGAGCAGUGCCCGGGCAUGGACGGCCCUAUCGUGUUUGGUGACCCGGUCAUGGGCUACGCUCUUGCGCACAUGUUCAAGAUUUCUGACGCCAAGGCACGCGGCGGCUGCCGCCUCUACUCGCUGGUCCUCGUCGUCCCGGAUGAGGUCCAUCUCGUCGCCUGCUGGGACGUCGUCACCCAGCACUUUGCUGCCAUCGUUUGUGGCCUCAAAGCCAAGUCAAAGCUAGUGUACAACCUCGAGGGCGCGUCGCGCCAGCUAGGCCCGCGCUUUGCCCGCCAGCGCAUGGCUGUCGUCCAGCGCUCGCUCGCCGAGCUUGUCGGCGGCAUGGACUCGCUCUUCCCCUUUCUCCACGCCCAGCAUGCCUGGAUCAUCCAGUCGUUUGGCCGCCGUCUUUUCCAGCGCCGCAUCGAGGGUGCUCUGCCGGUCGCUCCAGCCCCGGCUUCGCCCUCGCUCUCGCAGGCCAGCCUCUCGUCGACCUCGAGCUCAGAUACGGAGCGAAGCGCAUCAAUUUCGCUCGAGCUCGCAGAUCUUGCCGCACUUGUCGACGUUGAAGGCCUCGCCUGCGUCUUCUUCCACCUCAUCAUCGGCAACCAGGUUGUAGUCCGCGGCGGCUCGCCCUGGCUCGUCUCGGCCGUCCUCGACCUCCUCGCUACCCUUCUUCCACCGGCAUGCGUCUCGAGCCUCUCCUCCGAUACCUACGCAGACACCUGGCGGUGCAAUUUGCUUGGCAUCCCGUCGCGAGUCCGCAUUCCCAAGCACGUCGACGCCUCGGCCUUUGUCCUCGUUGACAUGCUUGCGCCGGGUCGAACUGGCGGCGGCGGGGCCAGGAGCCGCAGCGGUGCGCCGCCGGCCAACACUGCCGAGCUCCGCACCCUCCUCGCUGGCCAGCGCGUGUGCAUCGUCGGCUCGUACCGCGAGACCACCCUCGGUGCCAAGCUCUUCUUUGCCGCCACAACCCUCGACCGCGCCCUUGUCGCCGACUACGUCCACGCACUCAAGAUCGAGUGGCACAACAAGGCCAAGGCUUUCUUUAAGUUUGCCAAGCUCCACACCCUCAAUGACGACGCCAAGGUCAAGGCCUUCCUCACCGCCCUCCAUCUCUCCGACUCGGAUCUUCUUGUUCUCCGGUUCUGGACGGCUGGCCUCGCGCGGCCACUCCGUGCCGCCGCCGCCUCCUCCACGGCAGCCACCGCGUCCAGCUAG